AUGCCUGCUCGCCUGUCAAUCGUCGAUCUGUCGGAUAUCGAAGCACGCAAGCAAGACAUCAGCAGGCAACUCCUAGAGGCAGCUACUGGCUCUGGAUUCUUCUAUGUCACUGGGCAUGGAAUCUCAAAGGAGGAAGUGGAAGAGCAAUUUGCAAAUGGGCGGCGCUUCAUAGAUUUGCAUGAGGCCACCAAGGCGCCCACGAAGUUUGUGCCAGACCUGUUCAUGGGCUGGCGCGGCCGGCAAGACACCAAUGCUGCUGUGGGUAAUGAUUCAUGGGAGCAGUAUCUGGUUGGAGUAAAUGAUCAUUACAUGGACGCACACAACCUGUGGCAGCCGGAACGGAUAUUGCCAGGCUUCAGGACAAGCGCGCUGGCAUUUGCUGCUAAAGCAAACGCAGUGGCUGCAAGCAUACUUUCUUGCUUUGAGGAGGCCUUGAAACUGCCAGCCGGGUUCUUUCAAGAGCAUCUGGACCUGCAGGCGUCAGAUGCGCGCACGCUCUUCGGAUGGAAUUACUACCCAGCGCCUAAGCCCGGCAGCGGCCAGGCGCGCCAGCUGCGGCUGCUGCCGCACGCCGACACCGAUGUCAUCACCCUGCUUUUCCAACGCCCUGGCGAGCCAGGGUUGGAGAUCCUGCCGGGGAAGGACGCCGAUGCGCACGCAGCCGACGACCCCUCAGGAAAGGACGCCACCCGAUUGAACGGUGCUUGGACGGGGGGACUGCCACGGGGGAUCUGGACUCGCAUGGACCCCCUGGAAGGAGCUAUAACGGUGAACAUUGGAAACAUGCUGAUGCGACUCAGCGAUGGUCUGCUGCUCAGCACCUACCACCGCGUCAGGGCACCCCUGCCUGAAGAACAGCCGGCGGAUAGGAAUACGAUGGUGCUGUUUGUGCAUGGCAGAGGGCACGCCGUUAUGCAGGGGCCCAGGAAGGUGUACCCGGCGCAGACGGUGGCAGAGAUGAUUGCGGCGAACGGGAAUGGAUAUGAGAAGGUGAAGCAAGACAAGGAAUGGCAGCAGCAGGCAAUGACUUUUUUACCGCACACCUCAAGCCGGCCCGCUGCUAUUGAGGCUGUAUGA